AUGGUGCGCCAGCACGUGGAGCAGGUCACUGCGCGCGAGCGGCUCCGGGGCGACGCCCGCGGAGGAGCGCAGGAAGCAGUGCGCGGCGUCGCGGAGGAGGCUGUCAUCGACAUCAUCCCCGCGGCGGACCUGGAGGAGGCCGUGGAGCGGGUACUGCAGACGCGGCGAGGAGAAGAUGAGGCCGCAGAGUUGUGGCGCUCGAUACAUGCUUCAUUUCAGGCCAGCGUGGUCGAGCUCUUGCGGCACGGGAAGUGCUUGUCGAUAGCGCUUAUGAUGCCCUUGUCGGAUGGCGCCGAGAAGCCAUUGAAGGCGCUGAUGCUGGUCCUGGCCGCGCAGCUGCGGAGGCGGCGGCGCGGAGGGGGCCACGCGGGCCCGCCGCCGGCGGAGCUGGCGCGCGCGCCGCUGCUGCUGCAGCGGGUGCGGUGGCAGGUAUUCCCGACCGCACCACAGGCCCUGGCGGCCCGGCCCAGAGCCAUUUUGGCGCAAGGGCAUUCGGGCCGAGCGUGGGCCCCGCCGGGGCCCCGGCGCCCCGGCUGGCACGAGCCGCCCGCGCGCCGCCGCGGGCGCCGCGCCGCGGUCCUGCGCGUGGCCGCGGGCUGCUGCCUGCUCUGGUGCCUGGCGCGCGGCGGCGCCCUGGCGGCGGCGCCCGCGGGGUGCGCGGCGCAGAGGGCGCUGGCGGCGCUGGGCGUGGAGUCCCUGCGGCGCGCUCUGUUGGCCCUGCCGGUGGCGUUCGUGGCCGGCUUCUGCAUGGGCUCGCUCGGGUUCGGGGCCGGCAUCCUCUCGAUCAGCGGGAUGGUGUACACGCCGGGGCUGCGCAUGAGCCAGCUGGAGGCCGUGGCCAACUCCACGGUGGCGCAGUCCCUGUCCGCCAUGUCCGCCGGUGGGGAGUGGCUGCGCAGCGGGCACUGCGACCUCACGGUCGCCGGCUGCCUGGGCCUCUGCGGCCUGCCGGGCGUGGCCCUGGGUGCCCGCCUGGCGGAGGGGCUCUCCGACGUGGCCCUGCGGCUGCUGAGCGCGGGCAUGAUGUGCCUGGUGCUGUGCCCGCUGGCGCUCCACCAGCUUCGCACGUCGCGCUCUGGGCCCAGUGCACCGUGUGCGGCGCGCGGUGACGGCGACCCCGUCGACCGCAGCGCGGGGGAGGGCGGUGCGCCCGAGGGGAAGCAGCUGCCUGGCGGGUGCAGUUUGGCGGAGUUGUGGGCAGUGCUGCAGCAUUGCGCCGUGGGCGGCGCCGCCGGCGUGGUAACCAGCACCAUCGGCAGUUCGGCGAACGAACGAACGAAAUGCCAUACGCCAGAGCGCGUGGGCAAAAGAGGACCAUGCCAGCCAAGGCUCACCGCUUUGCGGGGGCGGCUGCACGUCGGCUGCCUCUUAAUUCACACCGUGCGCUGCUUGAGGACAAGGGUUGAGAGGGGGAAGAGGAGGAGGAGGAGGAGGAGGAGGAGGAGGAGGAGGAGGAGGGAGACACGCAACAUCAAUCACAAAUCUGCGCCAGGCUGCUGGCUCACAUACGCGCUGCAUUAUUGCCUCGUCCGAAGAAAAAUGCGGUGCGACAACUUUGUACAAGCACUGCGCCCAUGCAUUUUUUGGCCGGCCUCGUGCUCGGGCACAUGCGUCUGUAGCUGGCCGCGCGCUUCCGGGUUGGAAGGUGAGGCGGCGCAGAACAUCAAAGUCUGUCGCCCUACAUACUUUCCCAUACCACAACAGCUGAUGCCUCAGAAGUUGCACUGUGUAGCGCUGUUGGCCUGCUUGCAAGAGCACUUGUUCGUUAGAUACUCUUGA